GCACGACAUGGUUUUGUUGAAAUCAUUUGCCGCAAUUGGCCAAAUUAUGAGAAAUGAUUGACUAUCGUUGCUCAUUUAAAAAAUAGACCUCGCGCGAAUUCGUACUUCACACCAAUUGAAGUGGAGUUUUACAGAAAAUUUAUAGUUACAACAGUUUUUUACAAUGAAUUUUAGCAGCUUACUUCUCAUUGUGAUUCUGGGCCUUUUUGAAAGAUCUCACUCACAGAAUGUCACGAAACUUGACUCUCGUAUCAUAAAUGGCGUAGACGCCCCAGUGAAUAGCACAAAAUUUCAAGUUUCCAUCCGGCUGAAGCGAAAUUAUGUGGCUUUUGGUAGUGGACAUAUCUGCGGCGGCUCACUGAUAGGACCCAAUAAAGUGCUAACAGCUGCGCAUUGUCUCUACAAUUCGGAUAGAAAACGCUAUCGCAAAGCGAGUGAAUUUAUUGUAGUACUGGGCACGCAGAAUCGAUACGUACAAGUCAAUGGCACCAUUGUUUCGAAAGUCAGCUCCAUUGCGUACAUGAACUCCUUCAGUAUGGAUACGAUGCGUGACGAUGUUGGCUUAAUGUUCUUGCAGACUGGUUUGCCCGUGAAUAAAACACAUCUAACAGUGGCGCCAAUCGUACUGAGUAAUUCCUCAAUAUCGGCGGGUACGCAAUGUCAGGUGUCCGGCUGGGGUACAACUGAACAGGGCACCCUGUCCAAUAACUUGAAGAUGGCCAAUGUGAGUAUUAUAAAGGAAAGCAUUUGCAAGGAAUCUUAUGGCAGUAGGUUGCUGGGAGGAAUGUUGUGUGCCGGCACUUUGCAAGGUGGCACCGACUCUUGUCAAGGAGACUCGGGUGGCCCGCUUGUAUGCGGCAAUGAGCUGGUUGGCAUCGUAUCUUGGGGUGUUGGCUGUGCGCAACGUGGUUUUCCUGGAGUCUACACGAAUGUGAGCUACUACCGGAAUUGGAUUGACAGCCGCAAUGCUGCGACUAUAGUGGGGCUGAAAUUUGGUACUUUAACGAUAUUUAUUUCACUGGUAGUAGGCAUUUUUUUUAAAUAAAAUAAAAAAGCUUUACUUUUGUAAGUAGGAUUUUAUAUUUUCACAGUAAUUACGUAAGUAUAUGUAUAU